AUGACGUCAGGAGAAGAGCAGAGUAGUUCAGUCAGUCUUCUGUCCUGGGAGCAGGUGAGCCGGCUCCACGACGUGCUGACGGCCGUCGUGCCUGUUCACGGACGAGGUAACUUCCCCACCUUAGAGGUGCGCCUCAAAGACAUUGUGGCCUGGGUGCGAACCCGCCUGGAGCUGAGGGGCAUCCGGGUGAAGGACAUCCGUCUCAACGGCUCCACGGCCAGCCACGUGCUGGUGCAGGACAUCGGCUGGAGCUACAAAGAUCUGGACAUCAUCUUCAGGGUGGACCUGCCGCACGAGACAGAAUACCGCGUCAUUAAGGACGUGGUGCUGGGCACCCUGCUGGACUUCCUGCCCGACGGAGUGAACAAAGAGAAGAUUACUCCCAUGACUCUGAAAGAGGCUUACGUCCAGAAGCUGGUGAAGGUCAACACAGAGCAGGACCGCUGGAGCCUCAUCUCCCUCUCCAACAACAAUGGCCGCAACGUGGAGCUGAAGUUCGUGGACACAAUACGCCGGCAGUUUGAGUUCAGUGUGGACUCCUUUCAGAUUGUGCUGGACUCCAUGCUGGUCUACUACGAGCUGUCCCAGACGCCGAUGACUCAGGCCUUCCACCCGACCGUGAGCGGGGAGAGCGUGUACGGAGACUUCAGCCUGGCGCUGAGCCACCUGCGCAACAAGCUCAUCGCCACCAAGCGGCCCGAGGAGAUCCGGGGCGGCGGCCUUCUGAAAUACUGCAAUCUGCUAGUGAGGGACUUCCGGGCGGCCAGCGAGGAGGAGUUCAAAGGCCUGGAGCGCUACAUGUGCUCCCGCUUCUUCAUCGACUUCCCUGACCUCGGGGAGCAGCAGCGCAAGGUGGAGGCCUACCUGCAGAGCCACUUCAUCGGUGAGGAGAAGAGCAAGUACGACUACCUCAUGAUCCUGCGGCGCGUGGUCAACGAGAGCACGGUGUGCCUCAUGGGUCACGAGCGGCGGCAGACCCUCCACCUCAUCUCGCUGAUGGCCUUCCGGGUGCUGGCGGAGCAAAACGCCAUCCCAGACGCCUCCUGUGUCACCUGCUACUACCAGCCAGCGCCGUACGUCCGGGACCACAACUUCAGCAACUACUACGUGGCCAACCAGAACAUUCCAACAUGGCUGCCAUGUAGCUGA